AUGAGUCUGCCGUUAUUUCCGUCGUUUGACUACGAUGCAGACAAAUCAAAUGCCGGGCCCCGUUGGGAAAAAUGGGUCGGUCGUCUGGAGAACCUCCUAGUUGGCAUGGCAAUCACCAACGAUGGAAGGAAACGUGCUUUACUCCUUCACUAUGCUGGGGAGAGGGUCUACGACAUCUACGAUGCCGAAAAGGGUACAUCAGAGGAAACGUUCGAAGCAACAAAAACGGUGCUUACGAACUACUUUGCACCAAAGAAAAAUGUACAGAUGGAAAUCUAUGAAUUUCGUUCAUAUGAACAAACGAACAGUCAGACAUUAGAUGAGUACGUAACAGAACUCAGAACUUUGGCAAAGAACUUUGAGUUUAUAGAUUGUGAUGCUGAAAUUUUACAGCAGUUAAUACAGCACUGUAAAUCUAAUAGACUAAGAAGGGCACUGCGUGAACCAGAUAAAACUCUAGCAGAAAUACUCGCUCUUGGUCGUUCACUUGAAUUGUCCGAGGAACAAGCCCAGGUGAUGGAGAAGGAGAGGGAGUCUGUCAAUGCUAUUAAUCGAGGACGAAGCAAGCCCAGUCGAGGAAAAGGUAAACAAAGACCCCAGAAAAGCUUCAGUGAAAGUAAUCAUUCAUGGCACACUAACAGAUCAAGUCAGAAGUGUCGCAACUGUGGAGGUGAAUAUCCUCAUAGAAACAGCUGUCCUGCAAAAGGAAAACUGUGUAACUAUUGCAAGAAACCAAAUCAUUUCAUGAAAGUAUGCAUGAAAAAGCGUCGUAAUCAAAAUGUAAAUGAAAUUCAUGAAGGGGCAGUUGGGGGACAGUCAGAUUCUGAUGAAGAAGAAUAUUGUUAUGGAUAA